CGUGCGUUGGGCAAGAUGGCAGCGUCCUUGAGAGGCAUGUUUAUGCAGCAGCGGUGUGCAACAUGCUGAGUAUCUGGAGAUGUGAGGGGCUGAGCUGCUGACAGCGACACAAGAACAUGGAGAAGCAGGGGUUCGUCGCCUCUCUGGUGGCUGGAGGCUGUGCUGGGAUGUGUGUGGAUCUGACCCUCUUCCCUCUGGACACCAUUAAGACCAGGCUGCAGAGUCAGCAAGGUUUCUAUAAGGCAGGGGGCUUCAGGGGCAUCUACGCAGGGGUCCCAUCUGCUGCUGUCGGCUCCUUCCCCAAUGCUGCUGCUUUCUUUGUCACCUACGAAGGCACAAAGUCCCUGCUCAGCGCUGGCGGAGCACUAGCAGCGCCUCACAUGGCACCUGUCACUCACAUGCUGGCCGCCUCCCUCGGUGAAGUAGUGGCGUGCCUUAUCCGGGUUCCCACAGAGGUGAUCAAACAACGGGCCCAGGCUUCUCCCUCAUCCACUACCCACCACAUACUGCUGGCGACACUCAGAGCAGAGGGUGUUCGAGGCUUGUACAGAGGAUUUGGGAGCACAGUUCUCAGAGAGCCCCCCUUGGCUGGCCCACUUAUUGGAGUGCUCUCUUCAUUAGGCUUCUCUGCUGUGCAUGGUAUCACAUUCGUCACUGGUUUGGAGUUUGUGGCAAAUUUGGAGAUUGCGUUUGCCCUGUAG